UUGGAGCUUUGUACUCACUGACAUAAGAAGGUGUAUACAGGGAGAGGAGACGCGGCAGCAGCCUGCGACCCGGGGCAUUGCUGGGAAUAUUAGGGCAGUUUUGGGGACGUUCUCCUAUAGAGGAAAAUGUUUGAUGAGGAGACGCUGCAUGACCUCUACGCCUGGGUGGAUAAAAUCCCGCUCUCUCGACCCAAGAGGAACAUCACGCGGGAUUUCAGUGAUGGAGUUCUCACAGCGGAACUGGUGAAAUUUCAUUUCCCUAAACUGGUGGAAAUGCACAACUACGUCCCGGCCAACUCUACCCAACAGAAAGUCAGCAACUGGACCAUUCUGAACAGGAAAGUUCUCGGUAAGCUGAACUUUUCCGUCCCCGAUGAUGUGAUCCGUAAGGUCGCGCACUGCUCGCCGGGGGUGGUGGAGCUCGUUCUUAACACGCUACGGCAGAAGAUCGAAGAAAAACAGAAGCAGACGUCAGCAGAGUCCUCGCAGGUUCAGAGCCCCCGCACGGAAGCCAAUCACAACGCAGACACAGGUUAUUCAACAAAGCAGAAAAGGAACGGCGCGGAGCACAGCCCACGGCCUGCUGGGAAAACCGAUCAUGGGAGUAAAACCCAGUCUGGAUACUCGCAGGGGGCCGGUGCGGACAGCGGCCUCCGCAUCCAGCUGGCGGAGAAAGAGCAGGAGCUGAUGGCUGCGCAGGAGUCCGUCCAGGUGUUGCAGGUGAAGCUCCGCCGGAUGGAGCGGCUCCUCCAGCUGAAGAACGUGCGGAUCGAUGAUCUGAGCCGGCGGCUGCAGGAGGCGGAGGACCGACGUGUCUGAUGCACCCCCGCCACACCGCCUGACGCACCCCCGC